CAAAGCAUCCUCGCCCCUUCCCAGGGCCCGGCCGAGCGGCCCCACGGCUGCAGCGAGUGUGGCAAGGUGUUCGGGGUGAAGAAGAGCCUGAAAGUGCACCAGCGGAGCCACCACGGCCAGGCCCGGCCCUACGAGUGCGCCGAGUGCCGCAAGACCUUCAACUGCCACUCGGGGCUGGUUCGGCACCAGCUGACCCACCGGGGGGAGCGGCCCUACAAGUGUGGCGAGUGCGGCAAGUGCUACAGCCGCAAGGAGCACCUCCAGAACCACCAGCGCCUGCACACGGGCGAGCGCCCCUUCCAGUGCCCCGUCUGCGGGAAGCGCUUCAUCCGGAAGCAGAACCUGCUGAAGCACCAGCGCAUCCACACGGGCGAGCGCCCCUACCAGUGCGCCGAGUGCGGGCGCAGCUUCCGCUACAAGGAGUCGCUCAAGGACCACCUGAGGACUCACAGCGGCGAGGCCUCGGCCCAGCGGCUCCUGCCCGGCGUGGGGGGCGGCGCGCUCCCCUAGCACCCCACAGCGGCGGGGAAGAGCUCCGCACCUUGGCCCGUCCGUCCCCUCUCCGAUCGAGCCCCCCGGCUCCCCCCCCGCGG